CGGAAAACCGGGGAUACAGUGAUCGAGCUCGGUUCCCCCUAUAAGCCGGAUCCUCCGGUGAUCUGCGCGCACGGCGCGCGCCGGUAAACAGAAAAGGCGCACAAACAGAUCCGCUGCGUAACUUUGUGAGUACAACUUUUUGGAGUCCACGGCGAUAAAGAGAGUGAGGGGGCGGAACCCUGCUGAGCCCCUGCGCUGAAAGACAGCCAAUCGCUUCGUCCCCCUAACUGCCAGUCACCGAAAUUCGUCCAAUACCCGCAGUGCCAUUUCUAAACUGUAUUCCCCACUGUGUCCUCCAACUGUUGUAUGUUCUGCCAAUCGCUUGAGGACAGAGUGGGAAAAGGAGCAAGCAGAGUUAGAAGCCGGACAAAAGAACUUAUAGACCCUUUAUAUACAUAUUUUCCUAAUGUUUUAGGGCGCGUGCUGUGGUGAGACAUUUGCGGAUGGACUUGUCUGUGUAGUUAUGGAGCCCCCUUUAAGCAAGAGGAAUCCGGCGAUAAGAUUAGCGGAUUUGGCAGCGACUCAACCCCUUCCUCAUCAGAAUAUGACAGGCUUCCCGGGGCUAGGGGGGCAUCACCCUCUCUCCCACCAUGCCCACCUCCACCCCGGGGAGCUGGGCAACGACCCCGGAGUGGCACUCACUCCAUUUGGACCAGAGCACAUGGCACAGACAAAUGCUCUCAAACUUAGCCCGUCUCAACACAUUCAGAGCCAUCCCGAAGCCCAGACCGCGGCAUCUUUCACUUCUGCUCAGACCACAGUUGGUUUCCCCGUGGCUCACCCCCACUCAGGCUACUCAAGCAGCAGGGACUUCAUCCUCAGGAGAGAACUCUCAGCCUCUGCUAUGCAUGCACUUGGCGACCAGCAUAGUUCCGCCUCCUCCCCUCAUCACCAUGGCAUGUUCAUCUCCCCAACAGGUGCUUAUGGGCACGCAGAAAGUGGGGCCCAUUCUCUUUUCACUGGACUUCACGAGCAGGCGUCCCCAGGUGCCCACCAUGCCCUCAACGGGCAGAUGCGCCUGGGCAUACCGGGGGACGUCUACGGCAGGCCGGAGCACUUCGGGCACAGGCCGGAGCACUAUGGACCGUCCUCCCUCCACAGCUACAACUCCAUGAACCUCAAUGUGAACAUCGCAUCUGCUCCUCACGCAGCCGCGGGGGCGUUCUUAAGAUACAUGCGGCAGCCCAUCAAGCAGGAGCUCAUCUGCAAGUGGAUCGACCAGGAGCUGAGUCAGAAGAAGCCCUGCUCCAAAACUUACAGCACCAUGCACGAGCUGGUCAACCACGUCACGGUGGAGCACGUCGGGGGACCGGAGCAGAGCAGCCACGUCUGCUUCUGGGAGGAAUGUCCACGGGAAGGGAAAGCCUUCAAGGCGAAGUACAAACUGAUCAACCACAUCCGCGUGCACACGGGAGAGAAGCCCUUCCCUUGCCCCUUCCCGGGAUGCGGAAAGGUCUUCGCGCGAUCGGAAAACCUCAAGAUUCACAAGAGAACGCACACAGGGGAGAAGCCUUUCAAGUGCGAGUUUGACGGCUGCGACAGGAAAUUCGCCAACAGCAGCGACCGGAAGAAGCACUCCCACGUGCACACCAGCGACAAGCCUUACUACUGCAAGGUGCGCGGGUGUGACAAGUCCUACACGCACCCCAGCUCCCUGCGCAAACACAUGAAGGUGCACUGCAAGUCCCCGCCGCCCCCCUCCACCAACGUCCCCUACAUUUCCUCCACAAACCCUCUGGGUGACCCCCUCUCCCCCAACCCUGACCCGCACAGGAGCCGCUCCUCCAACCUCUCCCCUCAGGUCACCAACCUCAACGAGUGGUACGUGUGCCAGGGCAGCGGAGGGCCCAACCACCUCCACACCCCCUCCAGCGACGUGCCCACGUCAGACUCGGAGGAAGAGGACUCUUAUAGGAAUUCAGACCCGAGGACGAUGCUCUGAUUUCCUGCCCCCACAUACUGUCAAAAGGCCCUUUCAGUGACGAGGAAGGAGUUUCUCUGACCUCUGACCUUUGACCUGUUUAAAAAAUCUUCAAACUGUAAUCAGACUUGAAAUUGAAAGCUAAUUCUACUGCCAUACACCUGAUCAAGAUUCUACUUUAAAAACUGUUUUAGGUUUUAGUUAUCUGCAUGAGCCUCCAGCAUCCUGUUGGAGGGAGAUUGGAAUCACACUGUUUAAAAAAACUAUUGUUUUGUAUAAUCAUAAAAAAAAAUCUUUUCAUGUCUUUUCUUUAAGAUUCAAACUCCAAAAAAAGAAAAGGGAGAAGCGAGCGUCUGACUUUUGUAAGGGUUCUAAUUUUUUCAGAUUUAUACAAUAAACGUGUUUGGAUUUUGUAAUAUUUAAGAAAUAUUUAAGACUAUAUUUUAUGCUAAAAUAAAAAGAAAAAAAAGAGUAAUGCUUGCAAAGCGAGUCCCUGGAGACCCUAAAUAUCUGCCUUCACAGGCCGUCUUGACCCUGUGGGGGAACUGUACAUGUGUAAGUAACCUGGUGAAUGUUGUGUAGGUUUAAUCACAGGAAAAAGUGCUGUUUUGUACGUCGUAAUUUAUUUGUUGGUAUCUGUGUUGUACUGGGAUUUAAAAAAAAGGAAAGGAAAAAGGUAAAAAAUAACAACAAACACCAAAGAGUUAUCAUAUCCGUUUUGGUGAUGUGUAAAGCCCUGCUGAUGUCUUUUUUAAAAAAAUCACUUACUUUAUUUUUGUUUUUUCAUUUGUGCUCUGUAACAGAAAAAAUCAACUUGAAUAGGCUGUUGAAUGUGAUAUACUCUUUCUCGCAUGCCUUUAUUUUAUUUUUUAAUGUGAUCUGUCUUUUAAUAUUGAAGUUCCACUGGACUUUAUGGAUAAAAGAAUUCAUUUUUACGAAUAAUAUCCAUUCCUAAUUAAAAUUCCAGGAACAACUAAGUGAUCAUGAUUUGAGUCAAAUUAAGAUCAUUUCCACAUUUUGCAACACAAAAGUGUUCAUUUAGCUGCUGGUUGUGACAUUUUUGCCUUUUGUUGACUGUUUAUAAUCAAGCAGCUUCACUUUAAACAUGUCUGUCCUUAUAUUUAUAUCAUAUAAAAAAUUAACUUCUGAAAGUUUCAAAAAAAUCACAGAGCUAAUGGGAAAACUUAUGAAAGGCUGUGACAGCACAAAGCAUGCAGCCGCGCAUGAAUCAUUCAUGGAGGGGAAAAAAAUAAAGGAUAAAAAGAUAUGUGACAAUACGCCUUGUAUGGAGUGUAUAGAAGACAAGUUCCCCCUCUUAUUUCCUCCAUUAAAAACGCGCGCAAUCUCACUUUCAUGGAGACGCCUGUCCAGGCUUUAGAAUGAAAAUUGACCAACGCCAGUUGCGCGCCGCCUUCAAAGGCUGCAGCUCCUCAGAGGAAUUGGCUGCUUUGACAAUCUUCAUGGCGCGUUAGGAUUUCUAUGGCAAUUGUAGGGAGGGGGGGGGGGCACAUUUGCAUAUAUGUCCGGUAGCACUAACUAAAAGAACUCCAAUCAAAGUAAAGGUGAGAUGCGUCAUCUCCAUAAAGUUGAAGUUGUUCCAUCAAAUCUGGAGAAGUUCUGCAUCUGCAACACUAGAAAAAUAAAAUGAAACUCCAACAAUUAACUGUUGAGGUAAACUUUUAUACAUUCAUUCUCUCCAAAGUGCGCACUUGCAGGUUGCUUUGUGCGCUGACUUUCAUAAAAAUACUAUUUGGAAACAAAUGCGCAAAAUAAACAAAAAAAAUGUCAUGGACAGUUCUUAUGGAAAUAAAAAGAGGGGGACUUAAUAAAAGAAGUGAAGCAGUCACCCUUCAGUGAGAAACGCUUUGAAGUAGAACUUAUUAUUUGAGAAAUACUUUUUGGGUUGCCCUAACGACGCCGCUGAAUGGGAAAGGCACUCCUUUGUCAGCGAUUUGUUCUCCUUUAGUGGGAUGUCCGUGGAAAUCACUUACAUGGGCCACCUUAACACACUGCCUGCAAAUCAGUAACUGGCGGAGUCAGACAUGCAGACGCCACUCGGGAUGGGGGGGACAAAGCGCGCAGAAGCGGGGACGUCGCUGCUUCUCAAUUGCGCUCUUUAAACGAGCUGAACGAUAAUUUCUCGGACGAGCGUGCAGCCAAAACAAACGCACUCUUGUCAGACUUUACAAGCGUUAUCCGUCUCCUGAAUGCCGCGGGGACAAUGCGCGCCAAAGUCGCAUGUGAAGUGAUCAUUCCAGUCACAAAAGUUAAAGAGGCUCCGUGAAAAACCAAGGUCAUUUGAUCCCAACACCUGCGCCUGCACGGCACGGAAUGGCACGGCAAGGCGGCCCUGCGCUUGGAGCUUGGAGCAGCGCGCACUCCAAGUCCUCUCGGUUUCAGAAUGAGGCUGCGUGAAGCAAAUAAAAGGAAUCCCAACAUUAUUCAAAAUUUUCUCCCCUUGAUUAUAAUUUUUACUUGACAGUUUUGGUGUGAAUUUUUGCGUCAGAAACGCAGCACACUUUCACACCCCAAAGUCGCACUUGCUCCAAAUAGUGAAGACUAAAGUGACAAACGGAAGUCGGGAUAUCCGAAUUUAAAUAUAGACAAGAUGUUCAGUCACAUUUAGUAAAGGUGCAGAUGCUGAGCUCCAAUUUGUUUCUCCACCUUCUCUAUGAAGCAUUACAAAAAACCGCAUGAAGUGACACUUUUUGACACAUUCAAACACCAACUGUGACUUUUUAUCGUUUAAUAGACUCUUGAACUGUUUUUUUUUUCACUUGAACUCAGGCAGGUGUUUUGGAAACUUUUUUCGGGAGUUGAUCAUCACAAUCCUUCCUCCACUCUUUGUCCCGUUCUGUCGCGGCCCAUUCUGAGCAGCUGUGUGCCCCCCAUGGAGUAUCCAAAAUCAGAAACAUCACAGGGAAGACUUCCGGGGGGGAGGAGGGGGUCAACCUGCACUUUUUGUAAUUAUUUUGGAACUUAUUUAAAUCAAACUUCAGGCAAAACCAUAAAAUUUGACUGAGUUUAAAUGUAUUUUUCUGCUUUCACAAUGCUUUUAUUUUGAAAUUUCAAAUAUAAAGUGUCAAACAUUGUGGAUAAAGAAAUAUAACUUAAAAAAAGAAUACAUUUAGCAGGAAAGGAAUAGCAAAUAUUAGCUUGAGAUCAGGACAUUUCUGGUGAACCUCUUUUAAACUAAAAUAUACAUUUGGAUGAUUUUUCUUUAAUUCUUUUACAAAUUCGGGGACAUGAUUCACAUGUUUUGUACUUAUCACUACGAAUUUGGCCUUUACUUUGCCCUGUAUUUCAUAAUCUUCCACAUCAAAGAUCAGUGCAAAACCCCAAAGACAACAUUUUAACUUAAUCUGCUAAAAAAAAAAAAAAAAAAAAAAAAAAAAAAA